AUGCCAUCCUCUUCUUCUACUUUCUCUUGUUUUCAUUCUGCUUCUUCGACUCCUACGAAAAUUCGCGAAUUCAAAAUUGAACUGGGAAUGGAGCCGGCAGAUAUCCAGGAUCUCACAGAGGAACUGGAGAAAGCCGAGCUUGAAAACUCUAUCCUUAAGCAAAAAAUGGAUAUUUUUGAACUCGAAAUUGGCGAUAUUUCGAAGAACUUGGAGAAGUGUCAGGUGGAAUUGGAGGCAAAAAGUCUGAAGUUCGAACAACUGAGUGCCGGGAAUCGUAUGGCUAAUAUCGUAAUCAAGAAUCAGAUUAAAGAGAUCGAAACGUACCGUAUGGCUGAGAAGAUAUGGAAGCAUCAGCAGGACAAGCUUGAGAAACUCCGCGCCACUCAACAACAGGAAAAGAAGAAUCACAAACCAUGGAACUACGGAGAAUCUUGGAGAUCCAAUCAGACGGUCGAGAAGAAUGAAAAGCCGUGCGAUAAGAAAGAGGGAUCGGAAGACGUGAAACUACUUGUGAAUCAUGGAUACAAGAAGAUGGAGGCGGAGCAUAUUAUGAAGCAAGUGAUAGAGAUUAGAAAGAUGCAAGCUGAGAAAUAA